AUGCCAUUUGAUGACUUCUAUGGAGUGGCAACCAAAGCAUUGAUGGAGGCUUUGCAGAGGGGCCAUGAUGAGCUUGGUUUCUGUGAUUCACUACGGGUUAUGCUGUCGAGGACAGGCCGUGGCAAGUGCAUGCAUGAAUUCAGCAAACAGCAGAAAGAUCAGGGCCUGGGGUGUGGUUUGUCGCCGGCCAAUGUAUUUCCAUUGCCUUCGCUGCCUGUCGAUUUCAGCUUUGCUGGGGUCGCGUGUUCGAUGAGGGCGGAGGGGUUACGAGCUGGCUCCAAUCUUGUGCUCCUGGCUUUGAACUGGCUGCAUGGGGGUCGUGUCGAUCUUGUUUCGAACAUUGUCACGGCAGCCCACAGGCGCAUCUUCUCGCAGGUGGAGUAUGCGCUCAAGGCUCUGGUGUUGACAGAUGAGCCUACGAUGGGGCCGAAUGGGCUCGAUCAUUUUUUGAGGCAGACGCGACUUUACACCGGUUCAGGUGUGGUGUUGGCUCUGGGCGUGAAGGGCGGGGUCCCUGAGAAAGCUGCUGAUGUUCCAUUGGCAGAUCACCUUCAGGAGCAUUUUCCGGAGAUGGCGAGACAGGUGCUCUUUCCUGGGAACUUGUUGUUGCCACCAAGGAAGCGGCCCAGGCGGGUCAAGAGGGGAUUCACCUGGACGGCGCCCACAUACCCGGAGUUGGUCAAGAAGAACGUCAAGGCGGGAUUGCAAAAACUCAAACAUCCUAAGCAGGUUGCUCGGUUAGGGGAGAAACUGGUUCUGGCUGGGGCCUUUGCAGUGAAGAAGGACGACAAAGAAGAUAGAGUCAUCACUGACCCAGCGGUCAAUCAGCUUCUGGACCCAUCGAAACUCCCUCGACCCCGCUUUGCUUAUAUUCCAGCGUUGAGGUCAGUCACGGUACCACGUACAGGUGUGAUUGCAGUCAGCAAGCGAGAUGCCCGUCACUACUUUCAUCGCCUGCGCAUAGGCCGGAGAUGGGGGCGAUGGCUUUGUUCGCCGUCAAUUGAGCUUCCGUGCAGGCAGGGUGGCAUACGGGUCAUGUAUCCAGCAGCACAGUCAGCACCCAUGGGUUUUGGACCAUCAGCAGGUUGGGCUCAGGGGCUAACAGAUGUUGUGGCUAGGGAUGCACACUUGCCGGAGGACAGCAGAUUACACCCUGAUUUGAUCAUCCCUGAGGGUUUGCCUUUGUGGGGGUCAAUCAUUGACGACAUCUGGGCUUUGGAUCACCUCGAAGACGAGUCGGCUGCAGGCACUGGACCGCAGUGGUUGCAGAAGGCCGAAGAGGCCUGCUGCCUCAGGGGCGUUGAACCGAACCACAAGAAAACCGUUGACCUGGCGUCGGGUGAAGAGAUUCAAGGCUACUAUGUGCACCCCACUGAUCACUGGGUUGGACUUGCAAUGGACAAGCGUCGAUCUUUAUUUGAGGCUUCCCUUGCAGUGCUCAUGAAACCACGUGUGGUGGUCGGGGUGAUCGACAGACUCAUUGGGAAGCAUAGUUUCCUACACUCCUGCCGUCCGCCAUUGAGGUCGAUCUUUCAGGAUGUCUACCCUUGGAUUGCCGAAGUACGUGGCAGGCGCCGGGAUUUGGUUGAGCUUCCAACAGCAGUCUGGAUUGAGAUCUGCAUCUCCACACUCUUGAUCCCAUUUGCACAGUUCAGUCUAUCCAGCGAAUGGACUCAACGUGUCGAGUGCACUGACGCUUCAACCACAGGUUUGGGUCGGGCCUAUGGUGUGGCUCCUCUUCCAGUGGUGCAGGCAAUGGCGCGUUAUAGUGAUCAUAGCAGAGUUUACACAAACCUCAAGCUGCCGUGGAGCAUAGGGCUGACAGCAGAGCAUAAGUGUCCCUUAAGGAAGAUUCGAUUACCGAAGGAGCGCAUUCGGUGGAAGUUCAUUGGCACCCCAUGGACUUGCACACACAUCACUCUGGCGGAGGCGGAUGCAAUCGCGUGGGUUUGGCACCCCUGGCUCCCCAGCAAAGACAACCCUGCUGAUGAGCCGUCCCGUCGCUUCGAGCCUCGGGGGGGCGCUCCCACACCAGCGAAGGUCGAGGCGCCUGCAAGCUCUCCGGACGUUGACCUGAGGGAGCUAGGACUUUGGCGUGAGGACACUUUGUUCUUCAUUCACUUCUGCUCGGGGCCUCGCCGUAAGGGGGAUCUUCUAGAUGCUGUUGAGACGUUGUGCACAGAGCAUGGUAUUGCUGCGCAAGGUUUGGCUAUUGAUCCUCUAGCAGAAGUUUUCUUGCUGGGGUCCUUGAGGGGCUCAACAGUACGAAAGUACGCCUUGGCCUUGGAGCACCUCAACAAUGAAUUGAAGAAACAUGACAAGCUGUGGGCAGACAUGACGGAAGAAGAACAAGACCUUUUUCUGGCAGAAUGGUUGGUGGACGGAUGCGAGCAUGGUUCGUCAAAGACCACUUACGGCUGGGCGUUGUCUGCAGUGCAAAAGUUGUUUCCUCGGAUUCGCAUUCGGGUGGCAUGGAAGGUUUACGAUGCAUGGGGACAACAUGUCCCGGUGCGACAAGCGCCGGCGGCACCACCGGAGUUCCUUCAUGCCAUGGCUAGCAUAGCAAUGCUGUUGAAUCGUGUGUCACUUGCCGCAUUGAUCGUGGUUUGCUACUCCGGCCUCCUGCGCGUCCGAGAGGCGUUGCAGCUGAGGCAUGACGAUGUGAUGUUGGGAGGCUCGGAAAUAGUGCUCUGCUUAGGGCUCACAAAACGUGGGACAGAGCAGAAGGUGGUGCUUCGCAACCCCUCCGUUGUCAUGUUCCUACAACAGUACCUGGUUUACACCAAACGGUCUGGGUCGGAAUUGGUUUUUUCUGUGAGCUAUGCUUCAGCUUUAAGGUGGGUCCGUCGCCUGUCGUGGCUUUUGGGGGGCGAUGAUUUUGUGGUUACUACACACACUUUCCGUCGCUCGGGAGCUUCAGAGUUGGCAAGGCAGGGCACACCUUUAGCAGAUAUAUUAGUUUACGGACGUUGGCAGACUGAACGGUCGGCUCGUGACUACAUUCGGCAGGGCGAAGUAGCUGUUCACCGCACACGGCAGGCCAUGAACCCCAGCCUGCGAAAGCGUGUGAAGAAUUGGUCGUCUCUGAUCACGUGCACUUGGCAAUGCCAUGAACGGAUGCAUGUUUUUGGAGAGUUGACUAUCAAGGUGGACCGCAUCACUGUUCCAGUGUUUCAGGCGUUUGAGCAAGCUAUUUUUGUGGCAUUUCACUUACCAGUCUGA